AUGAUGAAAAUGUAUUAUGAAAAUAUAUCUGUAGAGUAAAGCUAAGCUUUAGCAGAGAACGGAGAAAUUCAGCCAUUUUAUUCAAUAAAUGUUUCUUUAGCCAUGACAGUCAAUUAAAUUACUGAAACAUUUUUGAAAGUAGCCAAAGAGAAGAACUACAUAACUGUUGAGAAUGAUAAAGGAUAAGUAUUAGUUAUAAAAAGGAAUAAUGUUAAGUUUAAAGAUCUCUUAUUGUAGUGCUUAUUCCCUUAGACUUUAGACAAAAGCAUAUCUGCCAUCAAGCUAUAAAUAAUUACAAAUAAACUCCAGUGCAAGCGCAAAAUAUCCAUCAAAGGUCUUAGAGGAAACGUCGAUGAAAACUAAAAAUUUUUAGUAGAUUUUGAAAAUAUGCUUAAAUUACAAAGAAAGGGUUCUUUCGAUUAGGAUGAACAGGAAUUAAAUUAAGGCGAUAAAACAUUCAAUUAGUCAAAGCAAAGUGAGGAAGAUGAGAUUUAAAACCAAGACGAAGAUAAUGAAGCAAGCAGCAACCCCUUCACUCUUGAAUCUACUGCAAAUUAUAUGUUUUAGAAAAUACUGUGUGCACAAGCAUACGGAGUUGGUAAAAAAGUAAGCGAAUUCAUUAAGGAUUUCUAAAACAACUACAGAAAUGUAGAAGAAUCCGCGUAACUCCUUCCAAAGCCUAUGGAAGGAAUUAUAGCUUUAGUAAAUGAGAUUGUUGAUAAUUUAUUUAGUGAUUACAAUUAUGGAAAAAGUGAAACUAAGUCUGUCAUGCCUUAUUGCAAAAUUUCAGUUGAAAAAUAUGUUUUUGGUAAAUUGAGUCAAAACCUUUAGAGCAUGUAUAAAUUUAAAUAUAAUAAUCUUGAUCUAGCAUUUGAAAAGAAAUAAAAAGAAAUUUAAGAAAAAAUGACCAUUAUUUAAAUCUUUAAAUUCUUGGAAUCAAAGCCUAGAUAUUGGCUUAUUUAAAAUGAAGAAACAUUUGAUGAAGAGUUCAAAAAUAAUAAAGAAAUUCGUCCUUACAAUGAUGCAAUUAGAGAGCUAGAAAAAAUUUAAUAUGUUUCUUCUCCUAGAGAAAAACUCAAAUGCACAAUGAUGAUGCGUUCAAUGAUGAGAGCCGGUGUCAUAGAUUUCCAUAAAGGCAGAGAAGAACUAGCAAGUAUGGAUGACGAAUUACCUAUCCUCAUUUAUAUCAUUCUGAUGUGUAACAUAAAUAAUCUCUUUACAGAACUUUAAAUCGUUGAGGAUUUUAUCAAUUUAGAUCCUUCUAUUGAGGCAGAGUAAAGAUUCCUGCUCAACAUUAGAAUGGCUGGAAAAUAUAUUAGCGAUGAAUGGGUAAUUCAAUGA